UCUUUGCAUCAUCCAAUCAGGUUUCAUUUCAAUGCACUUAAAAGGAGACAGAGCAGAAACUCUCAGCAUGUGAGCAGAAACUUGUUCAACAAGCAUCUGUCAACCAGAAGACUGUCUUCAAACCAGCAACAGCAGAAGGAAAUGGCUUCCCAAAUUGCAAAGGUCACCAAGGGUCUGACCACUGCUGCAGACAUGCGGAAAACUACCCAGAUGCUGAUGCAGCCAAAUGCAAACUGGGAGGAGUAUCUGGCUCCUGCUCCUCUCUCCAUCGCCAUCAUGGGGGAGUUGGUCUUCAUCUCCUCAAGCACCGACUUCUCCAUUAACAAGAACCCCCCAAAAGAUGGAUUCAAGUACAUAAAGUACCCAGAUUCCUUCAGGGCUUGUCUCAUGCAAAUCUGUAACUCAGGCUGGCAAGCUUUCAAUAUCGCCCAUAAAAAUAUGGAUCAAAUCCGCAUUCAUACAGCCUCUGUUCCAGACUACAUGAAAGCAGCAGUGAAAUUCCUCUUUCAGGGAGAUGAUGAAAUUGUUGAAAAGUUUCUCCCAAACCAGCUGGAAAGCAUCCGUACCAUUGCAGAGGACUGUGUGAAGCUAGCUGAUGGAGUAGAACAGAAAUAUCAGGAUGUCAUUAGUUUAAUCCAGGAGCUGCUGGAAGCCUGCAUUAAUGCUAAACACAUCUAUGGUGAAGACCUGGAAAAGGUUCAGAAUAAAAUCAAGGAAAAUAAAUUGAGGGAAAAGACUGCAAAAGAGCUAGAAGAAAAAUAUGAUAAAGCAAUGAAGGCCAUGGAAAAACAGGUUGAAGAAGCACAAGAACAGUUCAAAACAUCAAUGAACUCCCUCCCAACAGGGGCUGAAUUGAUUGUCAUGGAAAUUGCUGGUGCAUUCUCACAGACAGUGACUGCAAUGGGGAGCGCAGUAGCUGCAAUGGCCUCACGACAACCCCAAACCCAACCCCAACAAUGUACACAGACUGGAUCUUCAGAACAGGUUGCCCAAAAAAACGAAACAGAAAAAGAGGACCCGGCCGCAGAAAUGGAAAUCUACGCCAAGUCUCCAGAGAUCCUUACCUCAGUAGGAUCUUUCUUAGAGUACAUAGAUAAAGAUGAGAUCAUCUGGAAAACGCUGUAUGACCAGCAGAAAAAGGAACCAAAAACUAAAUUUUUCAAAGGAAUAUUAGAAAGGAUCUCUAAGGAGAUGGAGAAGGCAGAAAAGAGCAAAGCCAAAGACUCUGCAUUGUCUCUGUGCAAGAGAGGCAUCGCCAUCUUUGAACAGAUCGCAACAUAUUCUCCAGACAAGAAAUGGGAUAAGACAAAAACAAAAAAGCUGAUUGAGGAAGUAAGAAAGCUGCAACAGGAUACUCAGCAGUUUGACUCUAAGAGCAAAAUGAAGAAUGGUGUUUCAGCUAUUACUGCUCAACCUCCAAUGAUGUCCAAAAUGAAUCCAGGUCAGAAUGCAGGCCAGAUGGCAGUUCAGAAUGCACGCUUCCAGAUCGAGCAGAGCAAAGAGCAGCUGAAGCAAUGCAGAGAAGAAUAUAACAAGGCUGUGGGGAGAAUGGAGAGAAACAAGAAAGAGCUGACCGACAUCCUGGUGGAGAUGCAAAACUGCGACGUUAAAAAGAUUGAGUUUGACACCACGAUCAAAAUGCUGGUCAAAGGUAUGGAUGCCAUGGGCCGAGUGAAAGAGCAGUGGGAGAAGAUGGUGCGCUUCUUCCAGAUGGUGGCAAAUAUUGUGAAAACCAGUCUUUCAAAAACCAUGAACCACUUCGCACAGAGUGCUAAAGAUGCACAAACACUGUCCUACAAUUCCAGGCUCUUUACCAAAGACCUGCUGUACAACCAGGCCUUUCAAGCUUCCAACAUCGCCAGUCUGGUCCAUAUGAUCUCAGGGACCUACUGUGAAGUGUCCAACAAACACCUGAUGGACAGGAUCAGCAGCCUAGGUAGGCUCAUGACUUUGGAAAAUACCAACCCAGAGUUUGACAAGGAGCGCAAAAAGCUGCAGGAAUCCUGCCAAGACGCUCAAGAAAGCAUCUUAAAAUUGGUGAUACAAAACAAGAAAGAUUUUGAGAAAAAUACAGAUACCAGAAUGGCACAAAUUGAAGGUGGGCUGAAGGCUGUUCUGCCUGCUGCUGACCCAGAGGAAACUAAAAGGAUCCAAGAAAUUGUUCAAGGUGGCAUGACAGAAGAAGAAACAGAUUGUUACAUUUAAACACAGUUUGGUGCAGAUCUUAUAACAAUAAAGGGCAUAUAAAGAAAGUGUGGUGAUAAAACUGGAAUCAUGUGGGUAUUUUUGUUUUUAUAUAAACACAUUUUAUGUAAUCAAACUGGCAACUUAUUUCUGCAUAAUCACUGGUUUUGAGGUGGGAAGGUUAAUAAUGAUACAUUAUCUUUGGGUUGUUUUUUAUCUUGAAUUUUCUCUGUGAAAAUGCUGGUAAUCAGUAGUUUGGUUCUGUGUUUAUGUAAGACCAAGUGUUCCAAGUCUAUCUUCAAAGUUAAGUAGACAUACAUUUGAAUUUUGAAAUAAGAAAUUGUCAACUUUGAUGUUUUGUGCCAGAACACUGCAGAAGAAGCUUUUCAGAGGGAAAAAAAUUAUUAGAAACAUAGAGGUACAUCUUUUCCUGAUAAAUAGGAUAUGAUGUAGCAUGUUGUAAGAGAAUUAUGAAACAUGAUUGUAGCCCGACAUUCAUAUUUUCAUAAUAAAAAACUAUCCCAACAACAAAA